AUGCCUCGCAUGUCGUGCGCUCAUAAAAUGCGCCCUAACAAGAAACUCGAGCGGGUCGACAACUUGAUCACAUUUCUCAAAAGCGCCACUGCGCAACAGAUGUCAGCCAAAUUGCACGACAUCUGGGCGGCUCCACAGGCGACGAUUACUGAGGCACGAUUACUGCUGACUUUAGGCGCUAACCCAGAAUCCCUUUAUAAGGACGACUAUGGCCAAAAGACGCUCAUGGACCGCAUCGACAGCGGAACUGUCUGUGAUAAGUGUGUGGUGAAGUUCAAUGACUUCCUGGAAUAUGCUGGAACGAUCUAUGAGGAAAUGUGCGAACAGACUCCAAUCAAUAUCGUGCGAGGUCGUAAAUGCACAAGUGGACUGCUACCGAUGUGCAUGGAUGGUGGUGGUAUGCGUGGCCUUGUGUCCGUGGUUUGUUUGCUGUUUGCUUCACGGCGGUUACUUGGCGACGAGACCCUGGUCAACUAUUUCGACUGGCUCAUAGGCACUAGUACCGGCUCAAUGCUCGCCCUAUCGACGGCCAACGGUUGGACGCUUAGCGAAUGCUUUCCUCUACUGGAGAUGAAACGGGCAAAUAUUCUCUCGAGGUCCUACUAUGUUCAGCAGAUUGCUCCGCGACCAAAGUGCGUCACGACGCAAACGCGGAACAUUGAGAAGGUACUGAGCAACUGCUUUCCGACGCAAUCGUUCCACAAAUGCGAUCGACGACUGACGGUUCCUGCUCUGGACAUAUCAUUGGCUCCUGCGAGACUGCAUAUCUUUAGGAAUUACUCAUUCACACUUCCAUUCGGUGCACCUCUUGACGAAGAGCAAGACAUCAUGUUCAAAGAUGCCGCUCGAGCAAGCAGUGCAGCACCGACGUAUUUCGAGCCGUUCUGCUAUCAGGGUAAAAAGUUCGUCGACGGGUCUUUUGUUGCUAAUUAUCCGCUGAAUAUACUUUUUAAGUUACAGAAGUUGAUUCGUUCACUAAGCACAACAACAAGGUCCAUUUGGCUGGUGUGGUGUCGAUUGGCACUGGAGAGCCGGCCCAAUCGGAGCGGAAGUACCAAUCGCAACACAAUCCCGAUAUCGCGAGCAAAAGAACAUAGGCGCAAUCUCAGCACCACUGAUUCUGAACAGGUGGUUGGCCAAGAUCUCACCACCGUCGAAAUGGCACAGGAGCGCUGCCAUGCUCAUAACAUACCAUUUAUACGGAUAAGCCCCAAGGGUAUUAACGUGCGCAUUGAUCAAAUUGACGAUGGCAAACUGAUGGAUAUGAUCUGGGCCACGCACAUGUGGCUGAUAGACAACCUACACGAAGUUGACAAACUCGGCGAUUUACUUUUCAAGCUGCUUUCUGACCCGGAUGAGGGUAAACGACGAAGCAACACAGUACUGUAG